CACGAAGGAAACGGUGGAGAAGAACAUGAGCCCUGAGACUGGGGCCCUGUCUGGAGAAUAAACUAUAGAGCUAGAGCGGAGAAAUUUACAUUUAUAGAACUUUACAGAACCGCGCAGUGAUGAAAAUCCUGAUUUUCCUCGCGUUUUGUGUUCAUCUGUCUGCAGCAGAUACACACUCUUACCAGUACUUCGAGACUGGAGUCACAUCAGGAAUAAAUUUCCCACAAUUCACUCUUGUUGGUCUGCUGGAUGGAGUGGAAUUUGAGUAUUAUGACAGCAACAUCAGAAAGUACAUCCCAAAGACUGAGUGGAUAGAGAAGAAUGAAGAACCUGGUUACUGGAGCAGAGGGACACAGCUUUAUCAGGGUACUGAGGAGAUCUACAAAGUCAAUAUGGCUACAGCAAUGCAGCGCUUUAAUCACACUACAGGAGUUCACACGUGGCAGGUGAUGUAUGGCUGUGAGCGUGAUGAUGACGGCACCACUAGAGGAUACAGUCAGUUUGGUUAUGAUGGAGAAGAUUUCGUCGGUCUGGAUCUGAAAACUAAAACAUGGAUCGCUCCGACACCUCAAGCUCUGAUCACCAAGAACAAGUGGGAGAAAACUGGAGCGGAGGCUAAUUACUGGAAGGGCUACCUGGAGAAAGAGUGUAUCAACUGGUUAAACAGACACCUGUCUUAUGGGAGAGAGACUCUGGAGAGGAAAGAUCCUCCUACAGCGUCAGUGUUCCAGAAACACUCUUCUCCAGAGGUGGUGUGUCACGCUACAGGUUUCUUCCCCAAAACAGUGAUGAUCACCUGGCAGAAGGACGGAGAGGACGUGCAUGAGGGCGUGGAGCUCAGAGAGACGUUACCCAACCAGGAUGGAAGCUUCCAGAAGAGAAGCGUUCUGACAGUCUCAGCUGAGGAUCUGCAGAAACACAACUACACCUGCGUGAUUCAGCACAGCAGCUUGGAGAAGGAGAUAGUGCUGCGUGAGGAGGAUAUUCGAAUCCUGAAUCCUGGUGGAGGAUCAGGUGGAGCUCCGAUCGGUAUCAUCGUUGGUGUAGUCGUGGCUCUCCUGGUUCUCGUUGCCGUUGUUGCUGGAAUUGUGGUCUGGAAGAAGAAGAACUCUGGCUUCAAACCUCUUCCACCCAAACCCGCCUCUGAAGGAGAUUCUUCCUCCAACAACUCUUAAAGUGGACUGUGUGUGUUCCCGCUGCACUGAGAGAGAGAGAGGAGGAGAGGGAGAUGAAGACCACACACACACUCACACACACACACACACACACACACACACACACACACACACACAUUAUUCCAGUGUGUAUCUUGGUGUAUAAUUUUUCCUGUAUUUGGAUGGAGGAUCUUUUUAUUGUGAAUCUGUUAUUGCUGUAAAAUGGGAUUAUUAGAGAUUGGGGUUAGAGGAUUAUUAUUUUUUAAAAAAUUAUUAUUAUUUUUUGCUUUAUGUAAAUUCUGGUAGUUUUGUGUGUGAUGAGGUUUGGGGUGUGUGUGUGUCGCUGUGGAGUUUGGAGUAAAGAUGGUCAGUGAUGGUGUGAUAGUGACUCACUUUCCUUCUUCCUCUUGGAUCUCUGUUGCUCACAGCUUUGAAACACAAACACACACACACACACACAUACACAUACACACACACACAGAUUUAAACCUGUUCUGUGCAACAACCUCAUACACACUUCCUCACACACACACACGCACUCUGUGUCUGUGAUUCUGCUUCACUCAGGCUUUAGACUUUAAUUGCAUUUUAAACCAUUUUGAGCGAAAACAGUAGCAGUGGGAUUUAUUGUAGUGAAUUUUCACACACAGUUCAUGUUGCAUGCUCUUCAGAUCUGAUCCGUGUUGAACAGAUUGGACUAAAGCGUAAAAGAACAGGAAGUGGGAUCUUCAGACGAUCCGUGUUGAACAGAUUGGACUAAAGUGUAAAAGAACAGGAAGCGGGAUCUUCAGACGGUCCGUGUUGAACAGAUUGGACUAAAGUGUAAAAGAACAGGAAGCGGGAUCUUCAGAUGGUCCGUGUUGAACAGAUCGGACUAAAGUGUAAAAGAACAGGAAGCGGGAUCUUCAGACGGUCCGUGUUGAACAGAUCGGACUAAAGUGUAAAAGAACAGGAAGCGGGAUCUUCAGAUGGUCCGUGUUGAACAGAUUGGACUAAAGUGUAAAAGAACAGGAGUGAACACAGCAGAAGCAGGAGUUCAUGCUGAUGAUCAGCACACAAAGCUUUUCUUUUCUCCACACGGGGAAAACACAAAUCUACUAAAUGUCACGGCACUGACUCCAUGAUUUAUUACUGAACUCAGUUUAAAGCAAAAAAACAAUCCAUUCAACACGUUUUCACAUUUCUACGACCCAAAUCUCUCCCACAAUCCCUCUGUUCUGUCUGUAACAAUCUGAACCAACAAUAAAGUCUAUUUUCUUCA